AUGGGAGGAGACAAUGUGAGAAUGGCGGACGAUGUUUGUUCUUCGAGAAGAUCUUUCACCUCACGUGAAAAAGAGGUACCUCUCACCCUUACUGUCAGAGAAGAAUCACAAGUGAUAGAUGUGGAGCCAAUUGUUUCAAUCCUUCCAAACCCGUAG